CAUGACUGACGAACUCAUGAAUCACUCAUGAUACGUCUGCCAACGGGCCUUGUUCCGUUGGUGGCGGCCUGGGGCCUUCAGAGCGCGCUUCACAGCGGGCUUGUAUGGCUCCAGGCCGACCAACCCACCUCAGCGCUUACUGCGCACGUAGUGCUGUCAAUGUUAACAUUAGUGUUAGUGCUGGCGGCUCUGGCAACGGUUCACCUGAGCUUUGCUCCUCGCGCUAUCAGCCAAAGUUCACAAACGGAAGAGCUACAAAUCUUCAUUAGGCUUCCUUCAGGGCAACUCGUCACGUUCGUGGGACCUGUCGAUGCCACUGUGGGCUCUGUCUUCGACUUUAUCGCUUCCACGACCCUCUUCCAUCUAGAUAACAGCCGGAUAUGGCGCUUGGUCGCGCGCGGCGGCGACACGCUGCUGGAGCGUUCGACCGUGCUGGCACGUCGUGGCCUGGCGUCCGGUUCCGAGCUGCAAGUGCUCGCACGGCUAAUGGGUGGCACUCCAAAGAGAAGGCCAUCAGCACCCUCAGGUAUAGUUGUUGGGAAUCAAGAGGCUUGGCACGGCAAAGGACUUACAACCACACCGUGUGCACGCAGACAACUGGCUCAGCCUCCACCGCUUCACCCGCUUUCGAAACCACUUCGGAGACCCCGUCUACACGUGCACCAACCCUGGAUGCCGUUCGCCAACACAGUUGAAGGAUAGAGCGGCUUGCUCUCGCCACGAAAAAUGCUGCGGCCUAGGAGACGCUGACUUUCCUGAGGGAGGGAGGGAUUCGCCUGCGGGUUCUGUUAGUGAGAGCGACAGCAUGGACACUAACGGUAGCGGCACCGGCAGCGGUAGCGGCACCGGCAGAGGUAGCGGCACCGGCAGCGGUAGCGGCACCGGCAGCGGUAGCGGCACCGGCAGCGGUAGCGGCACCGGCAGCGGUAGUGGCACCGGCAGCGGUAGCGGCACCGACGGCGGCGGCGGCGGGAAUGUUGGCAAUGGCAGUGACAGGAGUGGUGGUGGCUACAGUAAUAGCGGCAGCGCCCGGGUGGACAGCGACUACCUAUACUCCGAUGGGGAAGAGGAAGAUGCUGCUGACGCUGAACCGGGUCAUUUCCUGGCGGCAGCUCUACACCGCGUUGUGGCUUCUCUCGACCAGGACGACCCUGCCAACAUCAACACCAUUGAGCUGCUGAAUGCUAUUCUGCAGCAAUUCGGGCACCUGGCGCCUGUUGACGGCGACGGUGAUGCUGAUGACCAAGCCGGUGCGGUUGCCAACGACCUUGCGGCGCAGGGUAUGGUCAUGCAACCCACCAACAUCUCCGAACUACAGCAUGGUGCGCGGUCUGUGCAGCACUUCAAGGGCAUCAUGUCAGAGCCGCUGUGGAGAACAGGCACUCAAUCUGCACCUAUCACUGUGGGGCAGUUUGCUUACGCUUGGAUGAAGGAGAAGAUUGAUGGGCGCGUACGGGAUAAUGUUGCGGACCGUCAGCUGCGUUUCCUUCGUGACGUGUGCUUUCCACCUGGCAAUAACUUGCCCCCGUCGCUGUACAUAAUGAAGAAGAUGUUGGACAUUCCAGACGCACGUGACUUUGAGAAGCACGUUUGUUUGAGCGACAAGUGCUUGUUCCCUGAUUUCCCUCGAGAUGAGUGGCACCAGCACCUGCAAGAUGAGUGCGGCUGCGGCCAUCGACGGUUUAAGCCUGCCCGGCCAGGACACCAACCAGUUCCGAACAAGAGGUUCUACGACUUCGGUGUCGAGAAUGUCGUGCGCGGCAUGUUCAUGGACCCACGGUUCUGCACGUUUCGCGGCACAGGGCGCGACAACAACCCUGACGACUUCUACGGCUCGCGGUACGCGCAAGACAUCAAUGCCAAGACUUCCGGCGAGUUCUUCGAGCCCGACAGCUCGGCUUACGACCUGGGCUUUGACUUCGGCGAGGUCUUCUCAUUCAAGAAGUACAGCUGCGGGAUGCUGUUCAUUCGGUGCGCGGACCUGCCAGUGACUCAACGCAGCAAGCGCCGCCACUGCUUCCCCCUGAUCAUCACGCCCGGACCUUCGGAGCCUGACUCAAUGGAAGUCUACUUGCGCCCAACACUGACAGCAUUCAAGGCCUUCGGGCCUGGCACCGAGGGUAUGACCGUGGUGGACGCUGCUUCGGGCCGGACCUUCGGGCACAAGAUGUUUCUGGGCGGUAUCUUUGCUGAUGCCAGAGACUGCACUAUGCGGUGACAGCAGGAUCCGGAUCUCUCAUGCGCACCACAUGGAUCGGGCACAGGUUGUGGAAAGUAAUCAUGACUUGGCAUCGGCGCUGGGUUGCCAUGGCAUUUCCUGCAUAGCGAAGGAGCUGUCGUACAUAGACAUGAAUAACGUGUGGGUUGUGCCCAUAGCGCAUGCAGCUCUGUUCGGUGUCAUCAAGAAGUUCUGGCACUUUGUGCUGGGCGAGUCCGUCAAGAAGGCUGAGAGUGACUUUGUGUUAAGUGUAGAGGCUCGUCGCAGAAUGACUGCACGUGCAUCCCAUUUCAUCAUUACUAAUGACUUUAACCGACCCUACCGUGACAUUGUCCCCUGCUCGUACUGGACCAUGGAAGAAUGGCUGCACUGGACGGACUGCUUCUCCCUAUACGUCCUGCACUCGCACGGAGGGGAUCCUAAUAAAGUUGUGAUGCCGGUAGUUACACGGAAAGAUGAUGCAGGGCUGGAUCGUGAGUUUGACCUGGGGAGAAUGUGGGAGAUGUUGCGCACGGCCAUGCUGCAUUAUCUGCGGUAUGACCAAUUCUCGGAGGCUGCGUGUGACAGUGCAGCAGUAACCUUCAAACAGUUCUGCUGUGACUCGGAGCUCGUGUUUGGCAUGAAGUUUGCUACCUACAACAUGCAUCUACUGGCAUGUAGGCUACGCGAGCAGGAGCGUGCACGUGGGCACGUGGCGUUUGCAACUGAGUUCUGGGUGGAGCGCGGUGUGCAGCAGGUCAAAAGUGGGGUCAAGUUCCGCACAACCAGGUGUCCAGAGCAAAUUAUUGUGAGUGGGUUCCUUGCAAGUGCCCGGCUCGCUGAGAUGCGAGCUGAGCGUGGCAGGGGAGGUGGCACCGCGGAUGGUGGUGCAACCGGGCCAGCCGGGGUAGAGGCCGGCCAUGCACUGGCUGCGGGUGGGAGCCAGUACAAGUCAUUUGAUGAGUGGGUGCCAGAUUACCGUGCAGCACACGUCACAUUGACGGGGGAUGUUUGCGCGGAUGUAGAGGAUGGUGAGGGUUCCCAGCUGCUUGGGCGCGGAUAUGUGGCGGGUCCGACCGAGCGGACAGUUGUCUUCGAAGCAUUCAUGAAGGCUUUUAGUAAAGAGGACUUUGCGACACGUUCAGGUGUGGUGGAGGGUGACUUGCAGAACGCAAGUGUUAUUAUAUUCAAACGUGCACUUGUACGACGUGACCAGGUUUUACUAUCUACAAAGUAUAACUUGACCACUGCACGUGAGUCAUUUUAUGUGAAGACUAAGUAUGCGCCAUCCCUUGACACCCCAGAGGACGAUCAGGACGUGUCUGUGUAUGUUGGAGAGGUUGCAUUCUAUGCUCGUGUGCAAACCGUGCGUGGGGUUGUAUGCCGUGUGGCGAUUUGCGAAUUGCAUAAGGUGGAGGUGGUACGGCCGCAGUCGUUGUACUAUGCUGCAGACUUUAGUCGCCGCAAGGCAACCCCCAACCAAGAACGCCAGCAGACGUUCCUGAACUCGUUCCCCGUGCUAUUGCAAGCCAUUGACUCGAAGGUGAUGCGCUGCAAGCUCGACGAGAAUAAAAGUUACUUCAUUACGUACCACUUGUUUUCUCAGUUGCCAACCAAUGAUGGUGAUUGGCAAGGAGCAGUGCAAGUUGGGUAGCCGCUCACGCGGCUGAUGCAGUCUGUAACAUGAUGAUGUCUU